UCAGGUUAACCGGAGCGCAUUGUUGCCCGCGAGGCAAGCGCAUGCGCCCUUGAGAUUACGCGGCAGUUUUCGCGAGGGAGGGGAGUGGUGCGAAGCUAGGCAUAAAACUUCGGAGGUCGGCGCACGAGGCGCCCGGAGCGGGGAGAGAGAGCCGGGGAGGCGUCGUCGAGGGCGUUAUUUCUUUCCUUUACGUGGCGGCAGCGAGCUGAAGCGCGUUUCUAGGCUUCUGGCGGGGUUUCAUCGAGGAGAAGGAGCUGGUUUUCAAAGACCUCCUCCCUCCUCGCGUCCAGCAGCUGUCCUCGUCUCUCCGUCCCCGGGGGCGCAGGGCUGGGAGUAGGAAGGCCUCAGGCUUCUGUACUGUAAAGGAAAAGGGGAGAGAGAGACAGAUUUUCCUGCAGGUAGAAAAUAAGAACAGCAUGGAAAGGACUCUAUUAGCAUUGCUCUAUUACCUAGCAGUAUACAAGAGGUGGAUCGGUGGGGAGUUAGGAGCACAUGUACAGCCCAUGUAACAGCCAAGAUCUGCUGAUGCAAUUGUCUGUCAGGGAAUUGGUUCUGAUACGGAUGCGCACAGGAUGGCACAAAAUCGUUUUAUAAGGAAUGAAGAACUCAAAAUUCAAAAUGAAUCACUGAGAAGUCCCAGCACAGGUCCCAACUUCAAAAGCUCUUUACCUGAAGAAGAUAAAACUUCAAAAUUUCUCAACAAUUUCUCGAUUUGUGAGCAGGCUAACAUGUUUUUUGAAACUCGUAGCAGUAAUUCAAGUGAAAGCAGUUAUGAUGGCUGCCAUGGUAGCUUUAACAGACAGAGAACCACAUCAGAAAUGAAUGGAGGGGAACUGAGAGUUUUUGUAUCGUAUGAGCAGUCUCGGUCAUUUUCCACCCACAACCCACCCAUCCAGGCUUCAGUGUUGAAGCUCAGCUGUGCAGAAGGGAAAUCAGAAGCCAUGAAUGGUGCCAGUACCUUCCUACCAUCCUCAGCAAAUGAAAUAAGUCCUGUGCAUGCUUCAGCCUUACAACAUGCAAAGCAGAGAAGACUACAGAGCGCUCCUGACAAUACUUUAUCCACAGGCUGUGAUCAAUUACACCGGUCCACAUGCCAUUUUUGUAGAAUGUCUGGAUCCUUGAGAUGCACACGGUGUAAGCAGGUCUAUUACUGUUCAGUGGAGUGUCAAAGGAAAGACUGGCAAAUGCAUAGUGUCGUCUGUAAGCUAGUUAAACAUAAUGCCGAUAAAGUUGAAGAUAGUGCAAAAUCUUUGGAUGAAAUCAAGAAAAAGGAAAAUUUAUCUAUGAAUACCAGCAAAACAGAAGAGCAGGGCAAGAAAACUGUGUAUUCUGAUCUGACUACACUGGAGUUCAAGAAAAAUAUGGAAAUAGUGGGAACAGUAACACAGUUCAAUAAUCCAAGUGAAUUCUACAUUCAAGUCAAAUCUCCAGAAGUUCUAAGUAAUAUUAAUAAGCUUAGUGUGAAAUUGAAGGAUUACGAUGGAAUUAACCAAGGUGAAUAUAUUCCUGCCAAAGGUGAAGUCAGUGUUGGACAAUAUACCCUGGAUCAGACCUGGUACAGAGUGCUCAUAAAAGAGGUGGAUAUCCUUAAGAAGAGUGCUCUGGUUUUAUAUAUUGAUUAUGGAAAUGGAGAGAAUUUGCCACUAAAUAGAAUUAAACGAUUGCACCAAGAUAUUGCGCACAUUCCACCCUGUGCCAUUAAAUGUUGUGUUGCUAAUGUCCUCCCAACUGAAGAAAAAUGGAAUGCAAACUGCAGCAAAGCUAUUGCUCCAUUUCUUAUAGGAAAGUGCUGCUCAUUCACUAUUAUUGAUGUUUUGGUGGAUGAGAUGCCCUAUUUUGCUGUAGAUGUUGUAUUGGCAGAUUCUGGUAAACACUUACAUGAAAUACUCUUGGAAAUUGGAUGUAGUUUGAAUUCAAAGAGUAGGAGUAGCAACAAGGAAAACUCAGUUACUGGUUCUACUGUGGAAAAGAUUUCUAUUCAGGAAAAGAAGCUUGAGCAUAAAGGACUGGAUCAUAGUGGCUGUCAAACUCGCAAGGUUAUCUUGCCAUCUAUAGGAGAUACAUUUUUGGGUAUGGUUGCCCACAUACAGACACCAGGAGAUUUCUUUUGUCAGCAGAUGGAAAAUGGCUGCAAACUUACUGAGCUUCAAGUAUCCCUGGGUGAAUACUGCGACACAAUCUCUGCUACCCCAGAUUUCUGCCCAGCAGUAGGAGACUUGUGUUGUGCGCAGUUUACAGAAGACAAACAGUGGUACCGUGCAUCAGUUUUGUCCUACAUCUCAGAAAAAACUGCUCUAGUGGGCUAUGUAGAUUAUGGUAACAUAGAAGUCCUUCCACUAAAUAAACUUCGGCCAAUCAUUCCAAAAUUAAUGGAGUUACCAGUACAGGCUAUAAAGUGCACCUUAGCAGGUGUAAAGCCAGCAUCUGCAACCUGGUCCACAGAAUCAACUUCUGUUAUGAAGAAGCUGGUGCAAAAUAAAGUACUCACUAUAAGAGUAAUAAAUGAGAAGGACAAAACUUUUGUGGUCAAACUUACAGAUGAAUCCAGGACUCCAACAAUAAAUGUGUCUAAAUAUCUUUUAGAGUUGGGAUGUGCAGUGGAAGAAGCCACCACUGUCCCAGCAGUGCUUGAAACAAGCACUGGAACAUUGCAAAAAAUGAGUGGUCAACAGCUGGACAAAAUUGAUUGGUCAAGGGUCACAUUAACAGCCAAGCAGGUGGUAAAUGUGUUUGUUUGCGUGCUAUACAACCCCAGCAAAUUCUAUUGCCAAUUGUUAGACAAUAACGGCUUGAAUGCUUUGGAAGAACUCAAUAUAUCUUUAGCAGCAUAUUGCCAGAAAACAGCCCCAAACAUUUCCAAAGUUACAAAGGGAGAUGUGUGCUGUGCUUAUUUCUCUGGUGAUGGUCGAUGGUAUCGGGCUUUGGUGAAAGAAGCCAGUUCAUUUGAAGCUUUUAAAGUUCUGUUUGUAGAUUAUGGAAACUAUGAAGAGGUAACUCUGGACAAAAUCAGACAGAUUACAUCUACAUUUAUGAAACUCCCAUUUCAAGCAAUUGAAUGUUCGCUGUCAGGUGUAAGACCCAUAAAUAAGGAAUGGACAGCAGAAGCUACAACAACACUUGAGACGUUCACAGCUGGGAAGAAAAUUCAGGCCAGAGUAGUUUCUUUAACGACAAAUGGUGCUGAAGUAGAGCUUAUUGACAAUUCUGAGAGCGGUCCCAUAGUGAUCAGCGAAUAUUUAAUUAAGAAUAAUUUAGCUUUGAAAAAGGAAAUAGUGUCGGAUCUGAAUGUGCAGCCAGGUGAAUUGACAGACAGUGAUUCCCAAGGAUGCAUACAGUGGACAACAACAGAAUUUCCGGUUGGUGAAACUGUGCCUGUUCAUGUAUUAGAUGUGACAAACCCUGGUUUAUUCUAUGCUGUACCCACAAAAAUGAAAGUGGAUCUGCAGAGACUCCAUAAGCUAAUGACUGGACUUGCAGAUUACUGCAAUUCUCAGAAUGAUUCCAGUUUCAAGCCAAAAGUUGGUGAACCCUGUUGUGCCAGAUUCACAGGUGAUGACACUUGGUACCGUGCUGUCGUUCUGGAAGUUUGUGUAUCAGAAGUAAAAGUGGCAUAUGCAGACUAUGGAAAUGUGGAAAUGUUGCCAUUAUCUAGGCUUCUACCUAUAACUGCCCCCUACUUGGAACUACCUUUUCAGAUACUCAAGUGUUCCAUUGCAGGAAUUAUGGAACUGGAUGGAAAGUGCUCCAGCUUAGCAGCAGAGAAGCUGAAAAGUUUUUUACUGAAUGAGUGUGUGACAAUUACAGUGAAAGGAGUUAAUAAGAAUAUUCAUAUAGUAACUGUCAAAAAAAAAUCUGGAACUAAUACUAUGAAUGUAGCUGAUGAACUAGUAAUCGAAAACUCGGCAAAAGAUAGCAAGAUUGAGAAUCGAUGUGUAAAGAACACUAAGUGCUGUUGUAUGGAGCUGAGAAAGCAAGUUACAAAGCUUGAACAGAUUAUUUAUUUUCUCCUAAAAGAUCGCUUUGGUGAAGAAAAAGUUCCUGAAAUGAUAAAGCUUUUUGAAGAAGCUGUGUUGGAAUGAACAGCAUAGUAUAGUUGUUGAGUACUGUUGAAAUCCAUACUGUUCACUCUAACCUAAGCCUGUAAUCUUAAACCAUUUAGUUGAAAAUACAUUCUGUUGACAUGUCAGAAUGUAACUACUUAAGUACAUAAAUCAAGGUUUAUUUCCUGUCUUGCAUUUUGGAUUUCAUGCUUGCCUUCAGCUGAUGGUCUGGGCAGUGUUUGUUUUCUUUCUCUCAUCCCUUAUCAGUGUAACCAAUUGCAUCUUUAUCAUUAUUCAAGUUGCAAAGAUCAGCUUCCUCUGUGUUGAUCUGAUCAGAAGUUUAAAGGCAUGAUGCCUUCUGGAUAGAAGGAUUUUUACUUCAAUCUCUUAAGAAAUUAUUCAGUCCGGACACGACAAUUCAUUUAAAUCUUCGUCCCCAUUAAGUAGCCCAUAAAGGCCUCAAUUAUUUGGCUUAAAAAUCUGUAUUUAAGUUUCUUAUGUGUCUAAUUUUAAAAUGGCUUUUCAGAAGUAUUUAGGACUUCACAUAAAGAAAUAGAUUUGUUUAGCUAUUGUAGCUAGUAGAAUUGUGGGUUUGUUUGUUCUUUUCAUUUUUUGAACCCUUUUUCCUUUUGGGGGGGAAAUGUAUGUUGAUUCUCUUUGUUUUUAUUACCGUAUUUAUUUUAUUAUUUAUUAUUAUUUACUCCUGCUAAACUCACCCAGUCUGCAAUCCUCACCCCUCUCCUGAUGAUGAUGUGCUGGGAAGGAUGGUGUGUGUUUAGGUGCAGAGACUGCUGCUGAAUCUGGGCAGGUGACAACUUCCUGCCUCUGGUUCUCCCACUGUUGAUAGUUAGCACAAAACCCUGUUUCAGGUUGGAGGUAGGUGAUGGAGGCUUUGGAUAUGGGAUACAAAGCAGGACCCAGUUCCCAGGCACUGUUGAGUCAACUCAGUGGAUGCAGCAAAAAGCAGGAGAAACUCUGCUCUUCCUCCGCCCCCUGGCUGUCAGGUCUUCAUAUGCAGCUGCAGGUUAGAAUUGCUCAGUUAGUCCUAUUGGUCACAGUGAGAUUUACUUCUGAAUAAACAUCCGUAAGAUUG